AUGACAUUACUCAAUAGAUUUAAUGUAAUUGUGAUCUUUAUGAUAAGUUUUGUGUUGGUUUUGGGAACAUCGAUAUGCUCUAAAAUUCCUCAACCACCUUCUGAUGCUCCUUCACAUAAUAUUAGUUAUGCACCAAGACCAUUGUCAUCAUAUGAAAAAUAUUUAACUAUUUGUUCAAGCAAAUUAAAGAAAGAAUGUGGAAAAGAGAUAUUCUCUAGUGUCUUUGUUGGAAAUGGAACUGUUAGUGAUUAUUGUUGUCAUAACCUUGUGAAUGACGUUGGAAAAUCUUGUCAUUUUGACAUGACAAGGUAUGCAACACAAUUUCCAGAAUAUUCAAAAAACAAAACAGAAAUUUUAAAUAGGUGUUCGAAUGUUUGGAAUUAUUGCAUCGCACUUCAUCCAAUGUAA